AUGUCUGCCGCCGCCAACUUCAGCUGCCCGACGUCCAGCGUGCCGGAGAACUUGCAGAUCCCGCAGGACGUAACCUACGCUGUCAUCCCAGGCCACAACAUUUCGGACUCAUGGAUGGCCAGCUGUUGCCAGCCUAACCCGGUCCAACUUGUGCAAGACUGCUGGGAGUGGUGCGAGAUCCCAGCAGCUAUUACGAACGGGACUACGUCGGAAACCAUUCCAGCAGCUUUCAGCCAAUGCUUGCAAGCAAAUGGGCGCGAUCUGAAUGCCUCCAAUGGACUCAUCGUCCAUGUGUCGUCCGCCGCAACGCCGAGCCGCCACGUCUCGUUUACAAAUAUGGCGAUGGCAGCGCUGGUGGCAUCAACGGUCUCCAGCGUGUUUCUUACGGCAGUCUGA